AUGGCAAGGAGAGGGCCUAGUAGCAUCACGGAUGUGGGACGUACGUCCAAUUGGUCCUUGACGCCGGUGUCUAUGAGGGCCGCAAAAUCCCACAUCGACUUCUACCUCUCCGAAGGACUGAUGAGGAAAUCGACGAUUGGGGGACUCCCGCAUGCGGACGGGAGCGUGGAGGCUAUGAAACGGUAUGCGGCGAAAGCGGGGAAUGCGCAAGAUGAGUUCGGUCGGCCGACGGCUGCGGAGUGGACUCUUAGGGAGCCGAGGAUGGGGUCGGUGGUCUUUGUGGGGGAUGGGACGUCUGUGGUGCGUUUUACUAUGGGCUGGGUGUUGAUUAAUGAAGAUGCUCGGGUUUUAAAUAAGGAACAUGGAGUUGACCAAGAGGUUGGGGAACCGAUUGAUGGGCUUUGGGCGGCGGGUGAGGUAGCGGGGGGAGUGCGUGGGCCGAAUAGGCUGGGGGGAAGCUCGUUGUUGGAGUGUGUUGAUUCUGGGCGGAGGGCGGGGAGAGGGGUGGUGAAGUAUCUCAGGGAUUUGGAGGGGAAGUAG